GGAAAUUAUUUAAGAAAAAACUUGGAUUUUCUUUGAUUUAAGAAUUUAAAUUAAGCUCAAAAUGAAAAGAUUUUUACUUUUCAUUUUCCUAUUAAUAUUAAACGAAGUGGAAAAUUUGACGUGGCAACCAUACUUAGAUGGAUUAGAUUCAGACGAAAUAUAUUCGAAGCACGAAUUACCAUCGAGCCCAUCAUUAAAUUAUCCAAGUUUAGUCGCUCAAAGAUAUCAACAAUCAUCGUCCGAAGAACAAUGUACUAUUUACAAAGUUGGUUUUACUCAAGAUUUGUAUUUUCAAUAUAUCCAGUAUAAAAUUGAUAUGCCUGAAAUGAAAGAGUUCACUUUGUGUUAUUGGAAUAAGUUUGCUAAUCAUAGUAACGACCAUCCAAUAUUUUCUUAUGCGGUCGAUGGAAGACCUAGAGCAAUUUACUCAUGGGUGUCCAAUACAGAACGAUCAAGUUAUUAUAGUUUAUCAGUGGAUGGACACACAAUGUACCGACUCAAUUAUCCUUUGAGAUUAAAUAGAUGGUAUCACACUUGUCAAAGUUGGAAUGGAAGAACAGGAGAGUGGCAAAUUUGGGUUAACGCUGAAAGAGUAGGAAGAGGAUUUCAUAAUCGGUUGGUUGGCCAUCCAAUUCCAUCUGGUGGUAUCGCAAUAACAGGACAAGAACAAACUCAAUAUGGAGGUGGUUUUACUGAUGAUAAAGGUCAAGGAGGAAUCUUAGGUGAAGUAACAAUGGUUCAACUCUACAAAGUGGCUUUAACAGCUGGAAAAGCACACAAAGACCAUAAACAUCAUCACGCACACGAAUAUGACCAUAACGGAGUUCUAUUAACAACCACACCAACUCCACCUCCUAUGCCAAGACCAACACAGCCAACUCAUCCACUCUUAACCGGUGGACAAUUAAAUCCUAAUGUAGCUUUAAAUUUAGCCGUUCAACAAACAAAUCCGACACCUCAACCGCUAAUUGUACCAGGACAAAGUUAUGAUGCCCAAUUAUUAAACGGUCAAUUUGUAAAUCCAUUAACAAGUCAACAACUUUCCCAAGGUGGAUUUAGGUUUGGUCAAGAUGGACCGCAAACUUUCCGCCCUUCGAUUCAACCUCCAUCACCAAUUCAACCGUUUAAUCUCAUCCCAGACCAAGCGAACGCAAUUUCGCAACAAUCUAUAAGAUUUAGAAGACCAACUCCGUUAAUUAACAGUGGAUUAGUUCAUCCUUCUUUAGUUAACCCGGCUAACGUACAAAUUGUGGAUGCUAAAUUUGAAUCGCAUCAAAUCUUUAAGCGGGAUAAUGAAGAAGAGGAUAAGAAACAUAAAAAGAGGGAAUUGAUAUUGUCUAAUGGUCAUUUGUUGGAUGAUGGUUUAAUAUCUGGGAAUUAUAAUCACGCUUUAUUGGAUGGUUUAGCCGGAAUCGGACAAAACGAACCGAUUUUACAGAAACAGAGGGAAAUGGAGGAGAGGGAACCCGCCGAAGCUGAAGUUAAAGCUGUUAUGAAUAUUUGCACGGGUUGCGAUGAGGAGCCAUUCGGAAAAGCUCUCGUUUUCGGAUGGAGAACGGUACCAAAGAAGCUUUAUUCCGGUGCUUUUUAUACACCCGCAGUGCCACAGUGUAGAUUAUUUUAAAAUAUAAGAUAGUUUUUUUUUGUUAUCACUUAGUAUUUAUAUUUUUUUAUUUAAAUAAGAAAAAAAUCUUUUACUUUCUUAUUUUCUCUUAACUAUUAUUGCGUCUUUUAUAUCUUACUUCCGCUGUUUUUUUAUAUAUCUCUUAAAUAAUAAAUAACACAAAAAAGCAAUAAAGAAGUUUUUAGUUUAAAUUUA